AUGCGCGAGCUGGCGCCGUACGUCGAGGAGGGGUGCGCGGGGCGCGGCGGGGCGGGCGGCUGUGGCUGCGCGGGCGCCGCGCUCGUGUUAGCAGCGGCGGACGCGCUGGCGGGCCGCGGCGCCGCCGGCCGCCCGCUGCCUGACCACGCCCAGCCCUCGGCCAGACACGACGCCUUGCAUACGCUGCUGGCUGAGGACGGCCCGGGCGGGCGCUCGAUCCUGCGCGUGCUGGUGGCGCACGAGGCGGCGGCGGCGGCACGGCUGCUGGAGCAGAGCGCGCGCGAGGCGCCCUUCGCGGGCCCGCUGGCCAAGCAGAACCGUCUGCGAGUCGCGCGCGCGCUACUCGCCUUCGCGCCUGAUCUCCAGGUACACGACCAUACGAAAAUGAAACCUACUCCGAUGUAAUUGAGGCCGUAUUUUGCCUACUAGUGGUCCUUAUUGAGCUGGAACAGAGCGCGCGCGAGGCGCCCUUCGCGGGCCCGCUGGCCAAGCAGAACCGCCUGCGGGUCGCGCGCGCGCUGCUCGCCUUCGCGCCCGACCUACAGGUACACAAUCAUACAAAAAUGAAACCUAUUCCGAUGUAAUUGAUACCGUAUUUUGCCUACUAGUGGUCUUUAUUGAGCUGGAACAGAGCGCGCGCGAGGCGCCCUUCGCGGGCCCGCUGGCCAAGCAGAACCGCCUGCGGGUCGCGCGCGCGCUGCUCGUCUUCGCGCCCGAUCUCCAGGUACACGACCAUACGAAAAUGAAACCUAUUGCGA